UUACUCUGUGGCUGUCUGACGUUUCACAUUUUUCUUUUGAAAAAAAAGUUCCACUUUCCAAAUUAAAGUGAAGAUAACAAAUUAAAAAUCAUUCUUAAAUUAUUUAUUAAUUAAAAACAUAAGAAAAUGAGUGCUUUUGUUGAUCCACGCCGUAAGGACAAAGUUAUCCGCUACAAACCACCUCAAAAUCAAGCUCAAGGUGGAAAUGGAGAAGAUCUAAUGCCCGACUACAUGAAUAUUCUUGGAAUGAUAUUCUCAAUGUGUGGUCUCAUGAUGAAGCUAAAAUGGUGUGCUUGGUUUGCCCUUUAUUGUUCCUGCAUUAGUUUUGCCAGUUCCAGAGUCAGUGAUGAUGCCAAACAGGUCUUGUCAUCAUUCAUGCUUAGUGUAAGUGCUGUUGUUAUGUCCUACUUGCAAAAUCCAGCACCAAUGACACCACCAUGGGCUUCAUAACACAACUUUGUUUUGUUUAGAUAAAUUUAGCUUUUGUUUUUAUUUUUUUUUUCCAAUAAAAGAUAAUUAAUUUGUGGUUCAUACAAAGCAACCAAAAGAAAAAAAAUAUAUAAUUUGUGUAAUUGUAGUAAAUUUUAAGCAUUUUGAAUUUUACAUUUGCAUAAA